CUUUGGAUGGUUACCCAUAAACAUCGUCUGCUCCUCCCGACUCAUCAUGAGUCAUGACUCAUGAGACAACCGAAGAGACCUACUGAUUCCUUUAUGUGUCGUGUCAUGCAACUAAGAGCUUGUGUCUCUGUCUCUCUCUCUCUCUCUCUCUCUCUCUCUCUCUCAAAGGAAUCAAGAUUCAAGACUCUUCAACUCGACCCCUUGAGGCUUUAACGGUUAAAACUCACUCUCCUCUUCACUUUCAACUUCUUCACCCCUACGCCAUUUGUCAAUCCUGUUUUGGCCAGCUCACAAGUCUCAACUCCCCCAUUCAAGUUCUAUCUUCCCGACUCUUUCUCUUCCUCUCUCUUUCUCCUUUCUCUUCCUUGUUUUACUCGUCGGAUUUCUCGGAGUAGGUCUCUGAGAUGAGAUGCGUGUUCUAUCGGGAUUUAUAUUAAUGGUUCUGUAUAGAUACUCUCUUGAGAAGUGAGAACUAUUAUUCUGAAAGAGAUUUCUCUAGAUUAUAUGGUUUGUAUGAAAAACAACAAAAAAUAGAGACUUUUUGGAGGAAACCCAGAAAGCACAGUUGUGUUUUUACCUUCUCUGUCCAGUGUCCACCUAUUUUUCGCAACUGUCCUCCCCAGAUUUGUAAGGACGUGGUAUUAGUGGGUUAUUUUUGUGAGAGAUCUGGGGAGGUUUUUCUUCGUUUUCCGUUUCUUUUUUGUUUGAGCUGUAGAGAACGAGAGACAUGGAGAAUGGCGAUGGAAGAGAUGGUUCUGUCAUGUUCAGCGACGAAGAGUUGGAUGAGAUAAGUGGGUUGAAGAGAGGAGGAGAUCAUAUCGAGGCUACUUGUGGGUGCACGAGCCAUAGGUAUGGUGAUGCCGUAGGGAGGCUUAGGGUUUUCGCUGGAGGCGAUCUUGAGAUUAGCUGUGAAUGCACUCCUGGCUGUAAGGAAGAUAAGUUGACCCCAGCAGCUUUUGAGAAACACUCUGGACGAGAGACUGCCAGAAAAUGGAAGAGUAAUGUAUGGGUCAUUGUCAAAGGGGAAAAGGUUCCUCUGUCAAAGACGGUGCUGCUUAAGUACUACAAUCAAGCAUCAAAAAAUGCGAAGAGUUCUAACAAGUCCCAUAAUGGACGACCUUGUCAUCGGGAUGAGUUUGUUCGCUGCACAAGGUGUAACAAAGAGCGCAGGUUCCGUCUCAGGACCAAAGAGGAAUGCCGGAUUCACCAUGAUUCUUUGGCUAAUCUUAACUGGAAAUGUGCUGAUCUGCCAUUUGACAAAAUAACAUGUGAUAAUGAGGAAGAGCGUGCAAGUCGUAAGGUGUAUAGAGGUUGUUCUCGUUCUCCUACUUGCAGGGGUUGCACCUCUUGUGUGUGUUUUGGGUGUGACAUCUGCAGAUUCUCAGAUUGCAACUGUCAGACCUGCAUCGAUUUCACGCGCAAUGCUGGAACUUAGUUUACUAACCACCUCUUAGACCAGCCUGCCUUGCAGAUUGGCCUGUUGGCCAUAGACAGAACACUAUUGAGCUUGGCUAAUGUGGAGCUUUGGGAUCAAAACCAACAUCAAUUGCAGGAACAUGAGAACCCCAUUUCCUCUCCCAGUCUUAAAAUUCAGUUCUGAACUCGACUGAUCUUACAACCUGUCUCUGUUCACAGCAGUUAGAAGAAAAACACUUGAAAUUUCUAUGAAACCAUUUUCAAUUACAUGUCUUUUGACUCUGGUGACACUGAAUUCAAAUGGCAACUUUCACAGAUUAACAGUUAUCUCUGGAGGAUGGUCCAUGCCACACACACACACACUUGGCUGCGUGGUCCAUGGGCAAAACCUUAAUGGACAUACUGAAAAUCAGCACACACGCACAGCUUAGCUGCGUGGUCCAUGGGGCAAAACCUUUAUGAAUAUAUUAAGCAUCAUAAUGAUUAAUCUUGAUGCAUC